AUGUUUGGAAACUACCAUAAGCUGUUGAUUUUUAUGCUGAAUAGGGCUGGAAAUCCCUUGGGACAAGCGCUUCGAUGUGGAACACGACGUUUACAUUCGUCCAAUUACAAACGGGCUCGUUGGAGAGAAAGCUCCAAAAUGGGACAUAUUUAUCCAGAAUUAGGCGACAAAAAGCCAACACACAUCGUAGUGGGAGCGGGAUCUGCUGGCUGUGUCAUAGCUAACCGACUAACGGAAAAUCCCGAUCAUCGGGUGUUAUUGGUUGAAGCCGGACCUCAAGAUUACUGGUGGGAUUGGCGCAUUCACAUGCCGGCUGCGUUGAUGUACAAUCUUUGCCACGAUAGAUAUAAUUGGUUUUAUCAUACAGUGGCACAGAAGAAUGUGGGAAAUCGUGUAUUCUACUGGCCAAGAGGCAGGGUUUGGGGUGGAAGCUCUACAUUAAAUGCAAUGGUUUACGUUCGUGGUCAUCCUUUGGAUUACGACAGAUGGGAGAAAGAAGAUGGUGCAAAAGGAUGGAAUUAUCAAAACUGUCUGCCUUACUUCAAAAAGUCUGAAACAUAUUCGCAUUCGAAGGGUCCAAACGAUCCGUACCGAGGUCAUGCAGGCCCACAAAAAGUACAGCGUGGGAGUGGUGAACAUCCGCUUCACCAAGCCUUUCUUGAGGCCGGAACGCAGCAUCCAGUAGGCACCACAGAAGAUGUCAAUGGAUUCAAGCAAGAAGGCUUGGGAACGUUCGACAUGACUAUCCACAAUGGAAUAAGGUGGAGCACCUCAAGAGCAUAUAUACAUCCUGCAUUAUCUCGUCCUAAUUUCCAUACAUCAACGGGUAUCACUUGUACACGCAUUCUUUUUGAUGGAAAACGUGCUGUUGGAAUUGAAUUUAUCAGAAAGAUGAAUUUCAUUGGAACUGAUAAUAUUGAUUCAUAUAGCCGCGAAAAGAUCUAUUGUGAAGGUGAUAUAAUCGUUUGUGGAGGUGCUAUAAAUUCUCCGCAAUUGUUAAUGUUAAGCGGUAUUGGACCGGCAGAUCACCUCAGAACACAUGAGAUUCCUGUUGUGGCUAACAUGCCAGGUGUAGGAAGUAAUCUCAUAGAUCAUCUGGAGAUAUAUGUCCAACAGAAGUGUACCAAGCCUAUCACGUUAUACAAUAAGAGCUCUUGGAGAUUUCCGCACCACAUGAUCAAAACUGGGAUAGAGUGGUUUACCAUGCAGAAAGGUCUUGGCGCUUCCAGUCACCUCGAAACGGGUGGAUUUGCGAGAUCAACGGAUCAAAUUGACCAUCCGGAUAUACAGUUUCAUUUCUUGCCUUCUACUGUUCAUGACGAUGGCAGGAAGGUCGGCACAUGUCACGCGUUCCAGGUUCAUGUUGGUAAUAUGAGAACGAAAUCAAGAGGGUUUAUCAAACUCUCCUCGAAAGAUCCUCGGCGUCAUCCAAUCAUUGACCCGAAAUAUAUGGAUCAUGAUGAUGAUUGGAAAGAAUUUCGGAAAUGUAUUCACUUGUCGCGUGAAAUUUUUGCGCAGAAAGCUUUCGACCCGUUCCGAGGGGAGGAGCUAGCUCCUGGAAAACAGUGCCAGUCCGAUGCUGAUAUCGACAGUUUCGUCAAGCAAAUGUCGGCGUCCGCCUAUCAUCCGUCCGGUUCUUGCAAGAUGGGGCCGGCUAGCGAUAAAAGGGCCGUGGUUGAUCCAGAAACAUUAGGAGUACACGGGACUGAAAACUUAAAAGUUGUCGAUGCGAGCAUUAUGCCAUCAAUAGUUAGUGGAAAUCUGAACGCACCUGUAAUCAUGAUGGCGGAACGGGCCGCCGAUCUCUUGCAGGGGAAACACUUGCCUCCUGAAAAAGUGCCUAUCUGGAGUCACAAGUCAAAGUGA